UCCGGCCCAUCCCCCGAAAGGAGGGGGGAGGGAGCGAGGAAGGGCAACCCACUGCUCCGCGGGAGCACCAGAACAGAACUCGAAAGGGUUCUCGAAGGGUAGUUUCUUCCCUUCGCGAUAAAACACGAGGAAGAGAUCGCUCAUAAAGCUCCGAGCUUUUUCUUGCUCUUCUCUCCAAUGGCGGCGGCGGCGGCAAGAAGCGCUCUCCUGAAGCACCUCAGGGUGAUGGUGACAUCUCCGGCGCCUCUUCGGCCGGCAGCCCCCCUCUCCUUCUCCCAGCUCCUCCACCGCCGCGCCUUCUCCGAUGAGGCCAGGGGCACCUUCCUCGACAAGUCUGAGGUUGCCGAUCGGAUCGUCACCGUUGUCAAGAACUUCCAGAAAGUCGAUCCCUCCAAGGUCACACCAAAUGCUCAUUUCCAGAAGGACCUUGGUCUGGACAGUUUGGACUCUGUAGAGAUUGUCAUGGCCCUAGAGGAAGAAUUUGGGUUUGAGAUCCCAGACAACGAAGCAGACAAGAUUGAUUCCAUCAACGUAGCCGUUGACUUUAUUGCUUCACAUCCUCAGGCAAAAUGAGACAUUGUCUGUGUUGCUUCGGUCUCUGUCUGCUUUCUUAAAACUCUCAACAUGCUGUUUUGUCCUAAAAAUUCACUUUGAGCUCGGAAUUAGACUCUUUUCUUGAUCUAUUCAUAGCAUUUUAGUGCAUUUGCACUAAAAGUAGUCUAUCCAUUAUGGUAUUUUAAGCUGAGGAUAUUAUGGACACAAUGUCGAGCUGUUUUGGGUUUUUUGCAGGUAACAUAGAUUUUUCCAGCAUCUCAGGAAACAAUUGUAUGAGUUGGAUAAAUCUAACUCCUUAAUGAUAUUAUUGGACAUUGGUGCUAUAUAUGCCAAGCA